AGAAAGUCCUGCGUUUAUACCAUACAGGUCACAAAAUGAAAUCUUUGAUAAUUCAACCGGAAUAAUCAGAACAUUUUCUUCUUCCAGUGAAAAUAUUUUCGACGGACCAGGUAAAAAACUUGCACCAAGAUUGUUCAUAAAUUCAUGAUAAGGGUUCCAAUAUUUUGGUUUGUCAAAAUUUUUAUCAGACACUCGUAGUUGCUUGUUAUAUAAUGUCCUAAAUUAACAAUUAACUUUCUUUAGAAAGUCCUUCGCGUAGAUCAUACAGGUCACGAAAUGAAGAGUUUUAUCAUUCAGCUGAAAGAAUCACGGGAUUGUCUUCUUCAAGUGGAAAUAGUCUUGUAGAAAGUUCUGUGCGAAAGAAAAGCAGCUUGCCAUAUAGGACAACAAAAGAACACUUUUAUCAUUCAAGAGUGAGAGCCAAAAAAAAAUCUGUGUCAUCUGGAGAUAUUGGCCUCAGAUCAGGUAAGCUUGGAGAACAUUCAUUUAGAUUGUUCAUAAAUUCACAAUAGGUGUUUCUAAAUUUUCCAGUUUGGAAGGAAUUUCCUGUCCUUUGGUUUGUCAAUGUGUCAGACCCGUAGUUGUUUCUUAAAGUGAUGACUAAAUGUAACAAAUGUUAUUAAAAUGAGAAGCAUUUGAUUUGGCGAAUCGCGCAAUUUGAUUGGCUAAUGACGGGGAAAGUUUCAAGUAUUCGGUCCACGGGCAAUAUAGAAUUUUUAGUGUCCCUCAAUGCCGCAAUGAGGGUCGAAUUGCAAACAGAAAGUUGAUUUUCAAAAUAUGGAAAACGAAGAAAAAUAAACCUGAAAUACGGAAAAGAGGUAACUGCUGUGGUUAAAGAACCAUUUAAACUUCGUUAAUGCUUUUCUUUUCACGGGUGAAAAUAGCUGAGCGGAAUUAGCACCCAGGCUUACGAAUAAAAGGGUCCGGGAUUACGCAUGGAAUGGCUCUUCGCGCCGUUGGCUUGGGCGACCAAGAGAUAUAAGUUUCAUGUUUUCCCUCGCUAAUCACUCGGUCAAUACAGCAAGACCUCCGUUUAAUGUUUUCCCGUACAACCCGAACGUCGAGGUCAGUAAGUUAUUAAUAUCAAUCAUAACGCUUCUUUGAUUUCUUCCUUUAGAAAGUCCUGCGUUUAGACCAUACAGGUCACGAAAUGAAGACUUUGAUAAUUCAGCCAGAAUAAUCAGAACAUUUUCUUCCCCCAGUGCAAAUAUUUUCGCCAGACCAGGUAAAAAAGCUUUCACCAAUAUUAUUCAUAAAUUCAUGAUAAGUGUUUUCAAAUCGAUCAGCUUGGAAGCAGUUUCCAAUAUUUUGGUUUGUCAGAAUUUGUAUCAGACACUCGUAGUUGCUUGUUAUAAUGAUGUACUAAAUUCAUAAUUAACUUCCUUUAGAAAGUCCUUCGCGUAGAUCAUACAGGUCACGAAAUGAAAAGUUUUAUCAUUCAGCCGAAAGAAUAGAAAGUCCUUCGCGUAGAUUAUACAGGUCACGAAAUGAAAAGUGUUAUCAUCAUUCAGCCGAAAGAAUCACGGGAUUGCCUUCUUCAAGUGGAAAUAUUCUUGUAGAAAGUUCUGUGCGUAGGAACCGCAGCUUGUCAUAUAGGUCAACACAUGAAUACUUUUAUCAUCCAAGAGCCGGAGCCAAAAGAUUGUCUGUGUCAUCUGGAGAUAUUGGCCUGAGACCAGGUUAGUUUAGAGAACAUUUACCUAGAUGGUUCAUAAAUUCAAAAUAAGCGUUUCUAAAUCUUCUAGUUUGGUAGGAAUUUCCAGUCCUCUGGUUUUGUCAGAUGUGUCAGACCCGUAUUUGUUUUUUAAAGUAAUCAUUACCAGAAAUAUUGGACAAGAUGGUCGCGGGCAUGCGCACAUUGCUCUAAUAUGGCGACAAAAUUUUUUAUAAACUAUACAGGAGUUGAUAAAGAUAUCAAAUUUUCACCUACUUUGUUCGAAUAUUUCAUGGUUGCGGAGCUCGAUAAUAGUAAGGACAUCAAUAAGCAAUGUUUGUAAACUAAAAUCGUUAGCAUUUAACCACGUCUAGGUAGUUCCCGUGAUCGACGUGUUUUCACAGCCAAUUCGAUGCAUCAUAUAGUGUAAUCAAUAGUAAUUCGGGCCAUACAUGAGAUCAAUACAUACAUUCGGGUGAUGCUAGAGGAGUGGUCAUUAGUUAUGGUGUGGGGGAGGGGGGUGGUAAAUGGGGAAAAGAAGGAUUGAAAACUAUUUUGAUCCCCUCCAGACCGAAGGCAAACUUUUUGUGCCUCCCCCUCAUAAAAGUAGAAACUUUUCUGACCCCCCCCCCGCCCUAGUGUGGAUUGAAAAAUUAACAGCAAUGAAACAGGUGUGCUGUGCAUUGCAGGUAAAGUUAGAUAUUCUACGUUGCAAUGCAACAUUUGUCCUACCAUAACCCUAACCCAUGGCCUGUCUUCAUACAGCGAAAUGAUUUGAACACAGGGACUUGUCUGGGGGGGUGGGCAUCUGCACAAAGGGACCAUACUAUACUGAUCGAGUGUGGAGAGAUAACAGAUGGUUGUUGGUGACAAACAGUUUGGUGUGGUAUCGUAUGUACUAGUAGGGGGGUCUGGGUAUAUUCUCGCCCAGAAAAUGUUUUGUAAUUUUCUACCCUUAGGACUGAAAUGUGAGCAUUUUCUGAAAUAUAUUUUUGGGUAUAUAGCGUUACAUUGUGCUAUGAUAGACCGAAGCUGAUCAGUUAAGUGUACUUGCAUGGUAUGUUUAUCAGGUAAAUAUAACGUUACAUUGUGCUUUGAUAGACCGAAGCUGAUCAGUUAAGUGUACUUGCAUGGUAUGUUUAUCAGGUAAAUACCACAACUGGGUCACUCAGGGGAUAGGAAGCUUCUUAAAUUUAGUGGGCCCCUCUCCCACGCGGCGUUACCAUGGUUGGCGUCGAACACAGUCUCUAGAUCGUUGGAAAUGGCAUUUUCAGAGUCUUCUUUUUUGCUAUUUGUGAUUAUAGAAAUCAGAACUCUAGACCGAUUGUAUUUAAGUUCAAACACUUUUUUGACCCCCCACCCCUUUCUCUGCGUUUAAACCUUUUUGACCCCCCCCCCAUUUAUAAGGGUAAAACUUCAUUUUCCACCCCUCCGCUCCCAUUUACCAACCCCCCAUAAAUAAUUAUGACCACUCCCUAACUGCGGAGCUCGCGAUGAUCUUUGCGAGGUGCGAUCUGUUAAAACAGGUUAAAAAAUCGUAGAAUAUUCCACAGCAAACUAGUUGAAAAUUGCCCAUUUUCAUAGGUUUUACAGACGUCAAUACUGCAUCUUCAACCCUCUUUCGGAACAAAAAGACAAGCCAUUAUAGUUUUUUAUGCUUUGUGGAGAAGCCAUUUUGUUUGUUUACAUUACGGAAGAAUACGUUAAACAACCGUGGUUCAGGCUGCAGACUCUUCCACAGUACUAUUGCAUUCCCUUUAAGCCCCGCGCUCCCAUUGUUUUUCCACUGAUCUCUAUUCUCAACUGAAGCGACGAGGGACGAUGCAGUGGUUCAGGAGCCUUUUAAAGGAUAAAAGCUCUUUGUUGUCUAAAAUAGCAUAAAAUCUCCCUAGUUGCCAAGGAAAAAAACAUGCACGAUGCUAAAUAUAGAUCUCGAUUAUGAUUGGAUAAUGGGUGAACCGGUGAAGAUGCUAAUUACAAAACGUCAAUCAUAGCCAUUUGGGCAGCCGUUUCUUCGACGACGCCCUCUUUUCUCCCGCCCGCACUAACGCCUGCUACACAGGCUAUCUGCGAGCAGGCUAAAGCCGGUUACAGACGAGCAAGUUUUCUAUGACAACUUUUUAUGUGACAAGUUUUAUUUGUCAAGUGCACGUGUGUAUAUGCAACAAAUUUUAUAUGACAAGUUUUCAUAAGACAAGUUUUAUUUACCGGUGUGAACGUGUCAACAAGUUUACUUUGACAAUUUAUUAGUCGCCAGCAAUGUAAUAGUACAGUGGAUCGACAACAGCCAAUCACAUCAAAUGCUCAGAUUACUUUGACAAGUUUUCGUUGUUGACCCAUACAGACGAACAAAAUUUGUUCUUUGACAAUUUUUUCUAUGACAAGUGCACUUGUUCAAAAGCUAGCAAACUUGUCAUAGAAAACUUGCUCGUCUGUAACCGGCUUAACCUAGCUAGUAUUUGUAAAUCUUUAAAAUUUAAUUUAUCAGUUUUAAUUUAUACAUACCCAUCAUCAAUGUGGCUAUUAAAGAAACAAUGGAUUAAACCUCCAUUGAACGCGAGUUAAACAUGCUUGUUUCAACGAUGGGUAAUAUUUCCCGAGCAUAUUGCAAACGGCGGCAUCGCGAAGUCAUUAGGUCACAAAGUCAUGUCACACGCAAAACAUGAUCCAACAGGCACAACAGUAGCGUAGUAAGUUAUUUAAAGUUAGGAGUGCUAACAAGUCGAAGUAUUAUAAAAUUAGUGACAACAUGCAAUGCCAAUAUAUGAUCAAUACUGUAUAAAGCGAUCGACAAAGCUGACAAGCGUUUGCUAUAUACAGAGUGUAGUCAGUUCCUCGUUUAAUUUUAAUAAGCAUUUCAUUUGCACGUAUUACUAUAUGUAACAAUCAGUAUUCAGAUUCUUACGUUUGCAAAUUUACAUAACUGAAUGUAGUACGUUCGUCUGCGUGCUUCGGUGCUAACUAUUUCACAUUAAACUAAAGUCUAUCAAAUAACAUAAAACUACCUUCUAGAUUUCAAAAUUCAAAUAGAAAAUAUUGCUUUUCCUUUAAACAUAGUGGAUAAGAAGACAAACGAGGAUGUUGCGGAAAGUGGGGGAGUUUUUUACAAAGAUCCCUACCUUGACUGCAGUGUUGAAGAAGAAGUACACAAAGAAUUUGAAAG